AUGAGCAAUUUGAGAACCAUCUGUAGGCCCCACACGGUCUUCACCUCCUUCAUGUGUUGCAGACACCAAGCUCGCUUUAGCUCUAGGGUUUCAUUUCGAAACCCUAAUUACAACCCUCGUUUUGCGCCUGUGUCCGAUUUUGCAAGAUUAAAUUGGAGCGGGUCCUGGUUCAGAGUGAAUCAGAGGAGAACCAUGGUUAAGGCAUCCAAUUGGGACCAACCCAAGUCUCCCUACGAAACUCUGGAACUAGAGAGGGACGCUGAUGACGACCAGAUCAAAAUUGCUUACAGACGUUUGGCCAAAUUUUAUCACCCGGAUGUCUAUGAUGGUAGAGGGACCCUAGAGGAGGGUGAAACAGCUGAAGCUAGAUUUAUAAAGAUUCAAGCUGCUUAUGAGUUGCUCAUAGAUGAAGACAGGAGGGGACAAUAUGAUAGGGCUAACCGAGUCAACCCAAUGAAAGCAUCUCAAGCAUGGAUGGAGUGGCUAAUAAAAAAGAGAAGAGCUUUUGAUCAGCGAGGUGAUAUGGCAAUAGCAGCUUGGGCAGAGCAACAGCAGCGUGAGCUGAAUAUUCGUGCACGUCGACUUUCUCGUUCCAAGGUUGACCCAGAUGAAGAGAAAAGAAUCCUAGCAAGAGAGAAAAAGGCCUCGGCAGAGUAUUUCUCCAGUACCCUCAAGCGGCAUACGCUAGUGUUAAAGAAAAGGGACAUAAUGAGAAGGAAAGCAGAGGAAGAGAAGAGAAAGAUCAUCGGUCAGCUUUUAGCGGCAGAGGGACUUGAGCUCGACACAGAUGAUGAAGAGUCACGGUAG